CUUUGCCUGGCGAACUCUCAGAGGUCCGCACUCGACUGUUCAGGUCUGGUGGUUUGAAGAUGGCUCCGCUCACAUCUCCAACACGUGAACUGUUUCGUGAAGCAGUUCGGGCGGUGUUAGAAACGUGGCCGGUGCUGCAAAUCGCCGUGGAUAAUGGUUUUGGUGGCGCUCACAGUCAGCAGAAGGCAGACUGGAUGGUGGAUGUGCUUCAGCAGUAUUUUAAUGAUAAUGAUGACCUGCAGCAGUGUGAAGUGGAGGAUUUUAUCUCGGACCUGAUGAAUAAUGAAUUUGACACAAUGGUAGAUGAUGGCAGCUUACCUCAGGUGGCACAGAAGGUGUGUUUGAUCUUCCAGCUGUGUGAGCAAGGUAAACUGACAGAUGUCAGAGAACACGUCAGCCAACUCGCUCAGAAAAAAAUAGCUGGCCGGGCAAAAGCUGCACCUGCAGGGGAUGAGGAGGAGGCCGGUGAUGAUGAAGAGGCUAUGGAGUGUGAUGGAGAGGGACCUACAGUCAGCAGCACAGCGGUGAAGGAACAGUCUCAUCCUCAGGCCAUGAAUAAUGAUGAAGAGGAUGAUGGAUGGACGGUUGUGUGCAGGAAAAAAUGACUGGAUUUUUUGGAAUGUGUAACGAUGACUCUGUUAAAGACAUUUAAGGGCUUUUCUGCCGCUCUGGAUUCUUGUGAAACUCAUGAUAUGUUUAAGCUGACUGAUGUCCUGUCAGUUUAAAAGCUCGGAGUGUCUAUAAAAUAAUUCAGAGUUACAACAUGUAUUGGCUGUAGUCAGGUCUUAGCCACUUUAUAUGUGCUUAUUAGGUUAUUUACCAUGACAACUUGCUGGCCUGUUUGUCUUUCUGACUUCAUGUAUACCUGUUAUUUAUAACAUGGUCCUUUAUCACCCCCUUGUGGCCAUAUGUUACAUAUCACCACAUCUGUUGGAGUAAGCAGGGAAUUACAUUGGCGGAUUCUGGAUGAAUAGCUUUUUGAUUGAAUUAUCAUGAUUUCUGUUGUAUGCCGUGUUCGAAAUUGACUUGAUUUAACAAUCCUCAUCUUAAAGGACUAGAUCACCCCAAAAUGUCCGUCAUUUAUCCCAUUUUUUUUCAUGGAAAUCUUUAGGUUAGAAUGGUUGUGCCAUAUUUUCUCCAAUCCAAUCAAUGGGAAGUGUGAACCAUUUUUAGUUUACAUCUUUUAAAUUAUCUUUAUAAUAGUUUUCAUGUGUUUUGCUGCUGUCAUUUAUUUCAAACUCAUAUGAUGUUAGUUGGAAGCAUUCUACCAACAAUAGGACACACCACAGUUGACAACAUACUUGACAGGAAGAUGUUAAAAGCUCACUCUAAUAACAAAUUAAAAAUUAAAUAACUCUUCCUCCAAACCUUUAAAAUGAUUAAAACUGAAUUUGUAUAGCACAUCGCAUCAGAAGAGAGCUGGCCUGCCUGACAGCCCAAAUCCAUUAUUUGCACCUCAUGACUCUUUUUUUUUUUUUUUGUCUUUGGAGGCAAAAUAAAAUAUUUUUGUGGAUUUUUUGUAGUGAAACGUUUUCUGUAAAGAAAUUUACAUUGGAAAAAGUGCUGUAGAAAUAAAAAAUUUAACUGAUUGCAAAGAACUGGGACUUCUU